UCAUGUCGGUUUUCGUAUAUUUUAUUCAGUACAAAAGUGGAGCUUCACUUUGAAACAUCGAUAGAAACGAAACCAGUAUCAGUGCUCGAUUUUAAUGUUUAGUUUAAAUAUAAAAUAAAACGGAAAAACUGUAACGCGUGUGAAAUAUAGAAAUUCCUUAAACGAAUUAUUUCAUUCUUCGUAUCAACAGUAAUUUGAGUAGUGCUAUUCACUAAAGAGCACACUCGCGCCAUUCCGUGCGCAAUGUAUUCAAGCCGACCCGAUAUGCAAAUCUAUCGACACACAAUUAUACGGAAGCGAUUAACAACAACAGACACAGAAGCAACCGUGGAUCAAGGGCACCAGAACGAGGCAGCUGCCGCCAUCCAAUCAUCGGAUGUAGCCUCCAACCAGGAUAAUUUCGCACAAGGAUCCGCUGGCGAUUCCACCCGGAAAUUUACUCAUGAAAAAAAAUCCGAUAAAUUUAACAACAAUGACAGUAAGCCCCAGGGUAUAUCCACAAUGGGGUCCGGAGGCGAUAGUCAGGGUACCACAGCAAAGAAGCAACACACAAUGAUGCCUAAAACUACGGCACCAUUGAAGGGUAUCCUCGUCAGGAGUGUCAACCAGACACCAUAUCCACUGAAGAUUUCAAAUGCCGGUCCAACUGACUCACAGAGUUCCUCCAACAUACCAACUUUAAAAAGAUGUCAAGACUCUGAUGGAAAUAGUUCGUCUGUUCUGACGAGGUUGAAUAAUUCUUCCCCACCAAACGAUAAUCCAGAUGUCGGUCCACAGCUAAGGACGAUUUUAAAAAGAUGUGGCAGCUCUAAAAAGAAACGAUCACCGAAAAAGGCUCCAGAAGCCAGUCCGAGUCCAGGGCUGUCAAAGAAAUCUUCCGAGCUGCUAAAGACGCCAAUUUUAACAAGAUGUGGUGUCUCUGAUAAGACUAAAACCGUGCGCAGUCCUUUGCCGAAGACGAAUCUAUCGAAGGGGAAUUUAUCUGGAACGUCGCACACACAGAACAGCUCUAUCACCGCAAAUACAGCUCCAAGAAGCGUCAUCAAGACCUCUGUACCAUCAACUCAGCCACAGUUGAUCAUCCCAACCAUCCCCUUGCACAGGCGUUCCUUGGAAGUGGUCAAGCCAAAGACCCCCGCUCAGCGGGAUGGUGUGGAUCGGCCGCGCGUGCCGCCACAAGAUGACUGGAAUGUUCAUGUGAAGUUUACGAACAAUCGGGGCCGGGGUCGCAAGUCUUCCCCAAAGGAGAAUACAUUGAAGGUUUCUGCCAAAAAGAGUCACCGCAAAGGCGUACCCCAGCUUAUGACCCCAAUCCAGAGUGCGCCUUGGAACGUGGUUGCGGGAGGCUCUUGGAACUGUCCCCCUCCGACCCCAGAGGCGCCGCUGCAGCGUACCAUUGUCUCAGCAGUGCCCCAAAUGACGACUGCAGCGCCGACACUGCCCCAGAUUAUUCUCCGUGAGGAUACAAGAUCUUCGUCACCGGCGGCACAACCCGCAACUCGGACGACUGAUGUGUCCUCGUCCCAGUGUCCAUCCUGGAACGUGGUUGCCAGGCAAUGCAACCAGAAUGCAGAACCCAUUAUCAGUAAGGAGAGUCUAAAGUGUGGCUCGAAGAAUCCCCCAUGUGCACAGAACCCACUGCCAGCUCAACUCAAAGGAGUCUCAAUGCCGACGGCUGCCUGGACGACAGUCGCCGGUUCUCCUUGGAUUGCAGACUCGGGAGAGCCACAGCUCGAGUUGAAAAGCCCUGUACAGCCGUCUGCUCCCCAACAAAACGGAAGGACCCCACCGCGAUCGUCUUGGAAUUUGAUCGAAAGUCCGGCUUGGAAUGAGGCUGUCGCAAUGGUUCAGCGUACAGGCUCAAUGGAUCCCACUUCAAGGAACUCCAAGGAGAAAAAGGGUAGAGGGAGCAUCAGCAUUAAUCAGAGCCCGAAGCUGCAGUGUACCCCAGUUGCGUCACCAGUUGCAUCACCAGUUGCAUCACCAGUUGCAUCACCAGUUGCAUCACCAGUUGCAUCACCAGUUGCAUCACCAGUUGCAUCACCAGUUGCAUCACCAGUUGCAUCACCAGUUGCAUCACCAGUUGCAUCACCAGUUGCAUCACCAGUUGCAUCACCAGUUGCAUCACCAGUUGCAUCACCAGUUGCAUCACCAAUUGCAUCACCAGUUGUAUCACCAGUUGUUCCACCAGUUGUUCCACCAGUUACAUUCCCAGUUUCACCACCAUUUGCAUCUCUAGUUGCAUUCCCAGUUGCAUACCCAGUUGCAUUCCCAGUUGCAUUCUCAGUUGGAUCUCAAAUUGCAUUCCCAGUUGCAUUUCCAGUUGGAUCCCCAGUUGCAUUCCCAGUUGCAUCCCCAGUUGCAUCCCCAGUUGCAUCCCCAGUUGCAUCCCCAGUUGCAUCCCCAGUUGCAUCCCCAGUUGCAUCCCCAGUUGCAUCCCCAGUUGCAUCCCCAGUUGCAUCCCCAGUUGCAUCCCCAGUUGCACCCCCAGUUGCAUCCCCAGUGACCGCCAAGGGCAAACCCAAGACGUUAAUUCAGAUGAGAACCCCUGUGCUGAAACGCAUUAGCACCUCCACUUCAGAGCACGGGGAAACAGAUUCCGAGACUGAGCCUCAAGUUGAUCCCAGCGAAGGCGACCAGGAGAGGACUGGUGGCUGUCCAGAAGACGAGCACCCAGUGGAGGAGGUGUCGCUACCUCAGCACCCCUUGAACCACGAAUGGACCAUGUGGUAUGUGGAGCCCGAUCGCGCCAAGACCUGGGAGGAGACGCUGCACCAGAUAACGAGCUUUAAUACCGUGGAGAACUUUUGGAGUCUCUACCAUCACAUCAAGACGCCAUCGCAAAUUAAGGUCGGGAGUGAUUAUUGUCUGUUCAAGGACGGCAUUCGCCCCAUGUGGGAGGACGAGGCGAACGUUAACGGGGGCCGAUGGAUUGUCAGCUUUCCCAAGAGUGCCACCGCUGAAAUGAACUUCUUCUGGGAGUACUGCCUGCUUUCCCUGAUAGGCGAGAACUGCGAGCACAGCAUCGACCUCUGUGGCGCUGUGGUCAACAUCCGCCCGAAGAGCGACAAGAUUGCGCUCUGGACCGCUGACUGCACCAAAGAAAAAAGGAUCCUUCAAAUAGGAAAGCAACUGCGCAAUGGCCUGCCCGCCAAUGCCGGCUUCGUCCUGCAAUAUCUGCAGCACAGGGACAACAUGGCCCAGCAGGACUCCCCCCUAACAGCCACUUAUACUUUGUAAGAAGAAUCCUACUGGAACAGGGGAGAACGGGAGCAGCAGCAGCCUCCCUUAUGCCCUUACAGAAUUUAUAAAUCUUCUCUGUGCAACUUUCUGUUGAUUGUUUCGUGAAAAAGUAACUCAAAAUUGAUCGAGUUUGAAGUACGGCACUUUCACUUACAUCCUCACAUUUCGGCUUUCAUCAGUGAAAAAUGUUUAAAUUCCAAAUUAAAUCAUUUGUUCAAUUACAUCAAUCAAACAGUCCCAAAACUAAUU